AUGGCCAUGAGGAGCCAGGAGCGUCCCGCUUCCUCUCCUGGGUGGGACCCGCACCGUGAGAAAGUGGUGCCCUCCCAAGACAUCUUUGAUUUCGUCAAGAGGAGGCCCGGGGAAGUUAGGAGCUUGCACUCGGUGCCGCCCGAGCUCUGGAUUCACCUGGCUGUGGUGGCCUGUGGCAACCGGUUGGAGGAGACGCUGGUCAUGCUCAAGUCAGCCGUGCUCUUCAGCCACAGGAAGAUGUGUUUUCACAUCUUCACGGAAGAUGCUCUGAAGCCCGAGUUUGAUAAACAGUUGCGCCAGUGGCCUGACUCAUACACAAAGAAGUUUGAGCACAGAAUCUACCCCAUCACGUUUUCUGUUGGAAACCCUCAGGAAUGGAAGAAAUUAUUCAAGCCCUGUGCUGCCCAGAGACUCUUCCUUCCGGUGAUCUUAAAGGAUGUGGACUCGCUCCUCUACGUGGACACCGACGUCCUCUUUCUGAGGCCUGUGGAUGAUAUCUGGAAGCUUCUGAGGCAGUUUAACUCCACCCAGCUUGCCGCCAUGGCCCCAGAGCACGAAAUCCCCAAGAUCGGCUGGUACAGCCGCUUUGCCCGGCACCCUUUCUACGGCUCUACAGGGGUUAAUUCAGGGGUCAUGCUCAUGAACUUGACUCGAAUAAGAAGUACCCAGUUCAAGAACAGCCUGAUUCCAGCAGGCCUGGCUUGGGAGGACAUGCUCCUCCCGCUCUACCAGAAGUAUAAGAAUGCCAUCACGUGGGGAGACCAGGACUUACUAAAUAUUAUCUUCUAUUUCAACCCAGAGUGUCUCUACGUGUUCCCCUGCCAGUGGAACUACCGCCCCGAUCACUGCAUGUACGGAAGCAACUGCAAAGAGGCGGAGCGGGAAGGUGUGUCUGUUCUGCACGGCAACCGCGGCGUCUACCAUGACGAUAAGCAGCCCACUUUCCGAGCCCUUUACGAAGCAAUCCGGGAUUUUCCCUUUCAAGACAAUCUUUUUCAAUCAAUGUACUACCCUCUCCAGCUGAAGUUUUUGGAGACAGUGCACACGCUGUGUGGACGGAUCCCCCAGGUGUUUCUGAAACAGAUUGAGAAAACAAUGAGAAGGGCUUAUGAGAAGCAUGUCAUCAUCCACGUGGGCCCCAACUCCAUGAGCUGAGUGUCCACCUUGCUUUGAGUCAGCCUGGUGUCUGUGACUAAGGACAUGGAUCCUUAUGCUGCCUGGAUAUUUGUGUGUGUGUGAAUAUUUAAUGGUGCUCUGUAAAUGUUGAGUUUCAAAUGCCUGGUUACAUUAUGCUGAGUUAGUUAUCCCUAAAAGGGAAUAUGCUUUUCUUUAUUUUCUAUUAAAAUUGUAUUUAUCUUUUUUUUAAA